CUGAUAUUUAGCUUUCGCAAUUAAUAUUUGUAUUCUUAUAAGAUAUAAAUUAUCUUGAAAGUAUGUCAUAGUUAAGCCUAGAAGAUAGUUAACAUGUGUGUUUCCAAAAAAUUUAAUAGCCACCUUCGUGGUAUAAAUAGUCGGUACGCCUACUAUUCAUCACAGUACAAAAGAGGAAAUCUCUUGCUACAUUAUACAGUUCAUACUUCUUGCAACUCCUUGAAAAAUGAAGAUUUUUCUGCUUGCUACGUGCUUACUGAUUAUCACGAAGGUGAAAGCAAUUGACAUAAAUCAAGUGCAAUUGUUUAAAGAGUAUUUGGAGAAAUGUGAGAAAGACAGUCCUCUAGGGAAAAUACAGGAUGUACCAUCUAGUUUAAGACCCGAUGUGCUGUUCUGUGCGAUAAAGAAUACGGGCUACAUUGAUGUAAAUGAUUACUAUGCCAUAGAAGGAAUUGAAAAACAUUGCAAGUCUAUCACGAUCGAUCCGGUACAAUGCCAGAAAAUAGGCUUCUCGUGCUACCAAGUUUCUAACUUACAAUCGUGUACAACAAACUCAACACACGGCAGCAAGGAAUCCGGCCUUAAAUUCAUACAGUGUGCAGUAUUACACGGUAUGAUGGGGAUAAUUCCUAUAUAAUUAUAUUCUUCGCUAGGCGUGCCUCCCUCGAUUUGCAGAAUGAUUCUAAUUUGAGUCAAUCUUAAGUCAAUCUUUUCUUAAAAAUAUCAAGAGAUGUUACAACUUUCCUGUAUCAAAUCGUAUAUUGUAAGUAAAUAAAUAUAUCUGCGCAGCUA